AUGGAAUAUUUUUUUCUUGUUGUGUAUGAGUUUGAGUUUGUGGACCCUUAUGUUUGUCAUUUAAAGAUUUUGUCAUCUGUGCAAAAGAAACAUUUUGAGUAACUGGUUUCGCAGAAUUUUGUUGUAUUCUUUCUAAUGCUGAUAUUUUUUUGGAUGAACUUUCUUUACUGCUUUUUUAUAAGCGAAGUAUCCUUUCCAAUUUGAAGUGUGACCUUUUCCACAAUUUGCGUAUUUAACCUUUGAUUUCUUAGACUUUACGGUUGGCGGUGUAUUUCAUUCAAACAGUUUCAUACGUCCAACUUCCACGGGCUGGUAGAAUUAAACACUAUGAUAUUAUGGUAUACCAAUAUAAUAUUAUACCAACAAAUUAUCAGAAACUCAAUCAGGAGAGUUUUUGAGCCUUGACUAUGGGGGGGGGGGGGCGAAAUAAUUUAAUUUAAUAUUAAUGAUUAAUAAGAAAAAAAUACGGAUAUACUUCGCAUGAUGUGAUCACUGUUGUAGAACCAGUAUUCAGUAACUAGACUUGUUCCUCAUAAUUCUUUAUUAAAACAAUUUUCGUUGAAAUCUUAUAAAAAAAAUAUGCUAUAUUGAAUUAAAUUUUUUUUGAUUUGACCGUCGCAAAUUACGACUUAUAAUUAACCUCCUAUUCGAUUUUCAAACAUGUCUGUUUUUUCCAACAAAUUUAUUCACAGCUAGAGUACCUAUCAAAUACAAAUUACUCACAAAAUUAAAGUGUCUAUAAAUAGUUUAAGUAUGGUUUAAAUGUUUUACAGUUUUACCAUGUAAAAUAGUCAAACAUAAGUUUGUUGUCCAAAUUUCAAGUAUCUACGAAUAUUUUUAACUGAAUUACAACAAAGAACCCAAUUGAGAAUAAUGAAAAGAUACGAAAAAAUAAAAAAUAAAAAUUAUACGGUUCCAAUGACCUAUUUUCCGAUUAAUUAUUUUUCCAAAAAAAAAAAGUUCCACUAAAAUACCAGGUUAUUCAUUUAAGUGGGCACACUCAUUAUAUCGGAAGUAUUAAAUUUUUCCGGAAUUUGUUUUUUAGAACAUUUAAGAAACAAGCUGCUCCACAAUUUUAUAUUUGUUUUAUUUUUUGUUAGAAGGGUCAUAGAUAGGCAAUUUAUUAUCCUUUCCUAUUCCUGCCAUCUAAACUUUAAACUCUUAUAACUCAUAAACGAUAAAUUUGAUAUUAGUGUUAUGCGUGUCAAAAUUUCUAGAAAAAUAUUCUUUAUUCGAGUUUGUUUUCAAUAGGGGGGGGGUUACUAUUUGAAAAUCAAAAGUAUACGUUUAUAACUUCGUUAUUAUGAUAAGGCAAUUUUUUUUUGUUUUUUUAAAAUCCUAUAAUAAAACAAAAUAAUAAUUAUUUAGAGUUCUGCUGUACUAAAAUACGACACGUACUUUUAUAAAAAGAAAAAUACCUUUGUUUGCAGGGUCAUCUCCAGGAACCGCUAAAUUCGUAUGCGUUUUUUUUUAAAUCUUAAAAUAUUUUGUCGGACAUUUUAUCGGAAAUGUAAAGAUAUAGUCAUAUAAACAUCCUAUUAUAUUGUUUUGAUAUUUUUAGUGUUUUCGAAAUUCGUAUACUAUUAACAAUAAAUCGUACAUUUAUUUAUUUACAGAGCAUUGUUAUGUUACGUGGAACCGGAAACAGGCAUAGCUGUUCUUAACACGUCCAAAGUAGCGUCUGCCACCCUGACUAAAACUUUAUAUCCGAACCCGACCGACAGUACUACGCAAUGCAUCGUACCGCCAGUCAAACCAAAAUCUUCUAUUCGCACCGAUUUGCCAAGUGAGUAUAGUAAUUUUAGUUAAUUAUUUUUUAUAAUAACUUCAAACCAAUUAUAAUUUUUCGAAAAUUCGAAAGUAUACAUCGAAUAUAAUAUUAAGGGGAGUGAUAAAAACCGUUCUUAUUUUUUCAAUUUUAUUAAAUUCGAUAUUUAUUUUAACGACAAUUUUAUUUCAUGCUGUCUGAACACGAUCGUUUUUAUACGAACUUUAAAUUAAAAUUAAUAUACCAUAAUAUUUGGUCAAAAUAUCCACAAGAAUAUAUAAUUUAUGAAUAAAAGAAAUACCCUUUGCAUACCCUAAACUUUAUUUGUAUUAGUUGUGAACGCGCUGAAAUCUGAAAAAACAGAAAAUAUUAAACCGGUAGGUUAGGUAUAGGAACUGUAACAGGUGAUUCAUUUAAAUGGGUAAAAACUCAUUAUCUCGAAAAGUAUUAACUUUUUCUGGAAUUUUGUUUUCUAGAGCAAUUAAGAAACCAGCUGCUCCACAAUUCUAUGUUUGUGUUAUUUUUGUCACCCUCAUGCAUGGGAGUAAAAUCACUAUCUAAUUUUGAUUUUCAAAUGGCAAUCUACAUUGAAAAUUCCAUAAAUAGAUUGAAUAUUAGUUAAAAUAAAUGUUAGUGUUGACAUUUUUGAUUUCCGUCUAUCCGUUAACGAGAUAUUCAAAUUUUAAGUUUGGCUUGAAGGACAAUAGUGGAGUAUUAUUAGUAGAGCACGGAUAUUGUAGUAGUAAAAAAUAUUGAAAUUGAUUGCGCUAAAAAAUACUGAAAAUUUCACUAAAAAUAUUAAAAAUUGUACUAAAAACAAACAUUUUUUUUACAAAAAUGGAAAUAAUUGGCUUAAUUUUCGGCAUAUUUACAAAACAAUAACAGAACACGUUCACUCAAAAUUCACGGAGUUACUGAAGAAUAGAUUUAUAACAGUCAAACAGUCACAUUUCAAAAAUUAUUUUUCUAUUCUAUUGAAUAUCUACCAACUUGGAAUUAUCAAAAUAAAAAUAUGAUACCAUUAUUAGAUUUUAUAGCUGGCAAUAUUAUAGUAUAAUCUUAUCUAUACGAUUGUCGAGUGCCGACUAUAGCUAAAAUAGUUGUGUAAAUGAGUAAAUUCAACAAAAUUGAAAAAAUUGCACUUAAAACUUCUAGAUUUGAUUUCGUACUUACAUGAAUCGAAUUUGAAACUUACUUAGCAAUAAAUUGAAAAGGUAGAAAAAAAGUUGCAAAUGCAACAACAUCCGUGCUCCAAUCAUUAGUGUAGCGGUACGGCGCGCGGCAGGUUAAUAAUUAGAGUAGUCACUGGAGAGUCAAAUGGUCUCGUCAACGGUUUGACAGGAAUCAAAAAUAUCAUAAAAUUUAUUUUAACUAAUACUCAAUCUAUUUAUGGACUUUUUAAUAUAGGUUACAAUUUGAAAAUUUUUUUUUUUAUUAGAUAUGAUAAGAUGUUCCUAGCCUUGGCUAUUUACAUAUAUUGAUAUUUACAAUGGUACAUUUUUCAACUGUUUGAAGAUGAUUAUUAAUUAAGAAAGAAAUUUAAAUAGUAAAAUAGAAUUACUUAAUAUAGGGUAUAACAUAGAAAGGCGCUGACAUGCCUGUUGAAGUUUGGAUGAGAUAUAGGGCUGCCAUGUUAGCCGUUUAUCCAAAGUCAAGCCAAGGUACUUUACUGACGAGUUCCAAGGUAUAUUUACAUUGUUGAAUCUUAAUUGUGCAGGAGGACGGUAACCACGAAGACUGAAAAUAACACCUACGCUUUUUGACGCAUUUAUUUGGAUACGCCAUUUUUUGCACCGGUAAGAUAUUGUAUCAAAAUGGACUUGCAAAUUUGUGGUUAUUGCUUCAAUGUUACGUGAUUCGGUGAAAAUUGUAAUGUCGUCUGCAAAAAGGACGAUAUUUGUACGAGGUGACUGGGGGAUAUCAUAUACGUAGAUGCUAAAUAGUAUGGGACCAAAUUUAGAGCUCUGGUGUACACCAGCAGACCUUAGGAAUAAGGUCAGAGGUGUUGUUAUUUGUUUUAACAGCGAACUGCCUAUUAAGUAGAAAUUAACUAAUAAUAUUGAACAAGUAAGAGUGGAGUAUUUUGGAUUUUAGUUUAAACAGUAGGCCCUCGUGCUAAACUUUAUCAAAUGUCUUUGAUAUGUCUAAAAAUACAGUUCCAAUAUGACAAUGUUUUUCAAAAUUAGUAUUAAUAUGUUCAGUUAUCCUAAGUAAUUGUUGAACCGUAGAGUGAAUUGAUCUAAACCCAAAUUGGAAUUCAGGUAUAAUAUCUAUGGCAUUCAAGUAGAAAAGUAGUCUAGUGUGGAUGAUUUUUUCAAACAAUUUGGAAAUUGAAGAUAAGAGGCUGAUUGACCUAUAGCUGUCAGGAUUAGAUUUGUCCUUUUCUGGUUUGUUUAUUAGUAUUAUGGUUGCAACUAUUCAUUUGAAUGGAAAGUAACCAAAACGCAAUAAUGAGUUGAAUAAUGUGGCAAUAAACACUAGUCCUUUUGGUGGUAUUUUUUUUAGCAUAAGGUUUGUAAUUUUGUCAUGACCAGGUGAUUUUUUGUUUCAGAAGAUUUUUAAUAAUUUGUUUGAUUUCGUUAGACUUUACAUAAUUUAUAGAGUUUUGGACUGCAUAAUUCGGCAGUUCUAAGGUAUGUCUUACUCUUAGGAUGUUGCUUGGAUUACAGAUAUGGUUGGGAGAAAUGAUAUGACAAGUUUUGCGUCAGUGCGGAAAGGGGGAAUGGUGUUGAUAUUUUGGUUUAAUAGCCUUUUGGUUGCUUUCCACAAAUUUAAAUCUCCCGGUCGCAUGUUUAACAAAAAACUUUAGUAAAAGCAUACACGGUAACUCUGUAAAGCUACUUGGACUUCUUUGGUGAGCAGGUUUAGCAUUUUUUUAUCUGUAGAGCUUUGCCAAGUGCGCCUGGCUAAAUGUUUACGAAUAAUAAGUGAAGAUAUGGAAUGUAAUAAGUUGCCAGAAUUGUGCAUAUUUUGUGGUACGGAAUUUGAACAGGACUGCGCGGCUUCUGUUAUGACGUUAAUAAAACCCGGAAGGAAACGUAAAAAAAAAAAGGGAAAUUUAUGA